AGCAGACAGAGCAUGAGUGUGAGCGCUGUACUACCGAUCCCACAUCCAGACCUAUAAACAGCUGAUUCUAGCAGUCUCAAAGCUGGAUCUACUGACAAUUCUCAAGGACUCUGAUUUCCAUUGGGAUUUCUUUUUUCCUUUGAGGAACGAGUUGGAAACCUGUGUCUGAAAGAGAAUUUUUUGAAAAGCCUGUGUGGGAAUCUACACAAGCACAUGGAGACUGAUUUGGGCUUUACCACCGCCCUUGAGGACUUGUUUCUUGGUGGAAAUCCACCAUUGUGAGACCCUAUGAAGGUGAACAACGGUCGUCCCAUCAGUAAACGGUUCUCCUUUUCAGGAGUUUGAGGAGAAGAAGAAAAAUAAACGAGCAAGGGAAAAGAUCUUCAUGAGCGCCAGAAAAUCCAGAGAGGAAACACAUUGAGAAACAAGGAGCAAAAUGUGGAUACUAAACAUGACACGUGUCUCGAUCCUAUUUCUCCUCCAUGUCCUUCUGGUUGGAUGGGGUCAAGCAGCAGAAGACGACGUCACCCCUCGCCUCAGUUUCUCUUACAAUGCAAACGAGAGGUCGGCCAAGAGAUUUUCACCCAAUGGAGUCUUCAAUUACACCUCUCUGCUCCUCAGUAAAGAGGAUAACAUGCUGUACGUUGGCGCUCGAGAGACUCUUUUCGCACUCAAUAUCACCGAUAUCAGCAGAACACAGCUGCAGCGUAAUUUAACAUGGAGCACACCACAGAGAAAGAGAGAGGAGUGCAGUUUCAAAGGGAAAGAUUUACAGACUGACUGCUUCAAUUACAUCAAGAUUUUACUGCGCGUGAACAGCACUCACCUGUAUGUGUGUGGAACGUAUGCUUUCAGCCCUAUCUGCGCAUACAUCAACACAUCUGAUUUUUCCCUGGUGAGCAAUGAAAUGGGAGAAAUAGUCACUGAAGAUGGUCGUAGCCGGUGCCCUUUCAACCCUGAAUACAAAUCCACAGCCAUCAUGGCCGAUGGAGAACUGUAUGCCGGCACAGUCAGUAACUUCCAAGGGAAUGAACCCAUCAUUUACAAAAGCCUUGGACAGGGCACAGCCUUAAAGACUGAAAACUCACUGAACUGGCUUCAAGACCCCGCUUUUGUAGGCUCAGCCUACAUUCAGGAGAGUUUGCCCAAAGGCAACGCAGUCGGCGAUGAUGAUAAGAUUUACUUCUUCUUCAGUGAAGCGGGAAAGGAGUUCGAUUUCUUUGACAACACCAUUGUGUCACGCAUCGCUCGCGUGUGUAAGGGUGACAAAGGUGGAGAGAGGGUUCUUCAGAAGAAAUGGACAACUUUUCUGAAAGCGCAGCUCCUUUGUUCACUACCUGACGAUGGGUUCCCUUUCAACAUCAUCCAGGACAUGUUUGUACUGACCCCCAGCAAAGAGGCCUGGAAGAGUACUGUGUUUUAUGGAGUCUUCACCUCACAAUGGUACAAAGGUGCUUCAGGCAGCUCAGCUGUAUGUGCGUUCACUAUGGACCAGGUCGAAGAGGCGUUUAAUGGACGUUACCGGGAAGUUAAUCGUGAGACGCAGCAGUGGUACACUUACAACCACCCAGUACCAGAACCCAGACCUGGAGCGUGCAUCACCAACACGGCCCGCGCCCAAGGGAUCUCCUCCUCCCUGCACAUGCCUGAUAAAGUGCUGAACUUUGUGAAGGACCACUUCCUCAUGGAUAGCGUGAUCCGCAGCCAGCCUCUGCUGCUCAAACAAAAUGUGCGCUACACGCAGCUCGCUGUGCACAGAGUGCAGGCUCUCCUCAAGACAUACGACGUGCUCUUCAUCGGCACGGAUGAUGGCAGGAUCCACAAAGCCAUCAACGUUAAGAACAAGAUGUAUAUCAUUGAAGAGCUGGCGAUUUUUCCCGAGCCUCAGUCUGUACAACACAUCGAACUGGAUGAUGAGAAGGGGCUUUUGUUUGUGUCCAGCUAUUCUGGGCUGGUUGAAAUCCCUCUUGCCAACUGCUCCAACUACCAGAGCUGUGGAGAGUGUGUGCUGUCUAGAGAUCCUUACUGUGCCUGGACAGGGAAGCAGUGUUCAAAUAUCAAAUAUGCGCCAACUAAGAGUCAAUGGCAACAAGAUGUAGAUGACGCCAACACUGCAGUAUGCAAAAUGACAAUGGCUAGCCCUCGUUCUGCAAAACCAACUCCACCACGUGUUCCAUCAUGCCAUGUGGUACAAAUACCAGCCAACACAUUUACGGUUCUUCCCUGCAAGCUGCGAUCUAACUUGGCUGAGAGGCGAUGGGAGUACAGUCACACCGCCGAGCGAUUCGUCUAUCCUAGUCCUGACGGUGGGCUGGUAGUUGUAGCCCAAGUGGAGAGGGAGGAGAUCUACCAAUGUUGGUCAGAAGAAGGUGGCUACCGACAACUUCUGGCCAAUUAUUGUGUCAAAGCGGAUCACGAAAGCACCACUCUGACUGGACGUUCCCGAACGCAGUUGGUACCCCAAGGGGAAGCGAUUAUCUUGCCCGGGGAAACAUGGUCGCCGGAAAAAACUAAAACAUACUGGAAUGAGUUGAUCGUUGUGUGUGCCUUACUCGUGUUUUCCCUGUUGGUCCUGUCGCUGUUCGUGGCAUACAGGAACCGAGACAGGAUGAAGUCCAUGCUGAAGGAAGGCGAGUGCCCCAAUAUGCAACAGAAGAAACCGCGAAUUCCGGGGAAGCACACGGAAAGCCUUCCAUUAAAUGGCAACAACAUCCCGCCCUCUGUGUCUGACCACAAGGGCUACCAGACGCUCAAUGAUAACUACAUCUGCAGCACUCCCACCCACGAAUGCUCCUCACCUGAAAACAGCAAGAGCUUCUCAGAAUCCGAAAACAGACCUUUGAACUUAAAGGAGAGCCACGUUGAGAUCUCACCGACUUGCCCGCAGCCUCGAGUGCGACUGGGCUCGGAGAUCAAAGACUCGAUCGUUUAAGUCUGUUUGGGAUGACUGUUAAAAAAAGUGGCCUCUGAACUGAACAGCACCAAGGGAGGGACAGACUGAAAAUGACUGGAAACGUACCAUCACUGGGCUUUAUUUUGCACUUUGUCUCCUCUCAUUUUGUCUUGGUGAUCUGUUCACAUUUCUCAGUCACUGCCAAGUCUGUGAAGCACCCAGAGCCACGCUGAGUGGGACGCAUGGCCUAGAGUACACAUUGAAAAAGAAUAGUGGGCAUUGCGAGGCAUGCCGAUCCAGUCGUCCCACCCGGUCCGUCCAAAAAUGUCUGGUGGCAUCUGUGUGAAAGCAAUACGAUGCCCUCAGGGUUCACUAAACUGUCAUGCUCCCAUCUCAUCCCUGCCGCGUAGAGGUGCUCAUCCUGUGAACGAGAAGACGAAAAUUCAAACUUUAGUCAACAAUAGAGUCUCUGCUAAACAUAGUGCCUGAAGUGAGAUGAUUAGCUGACAUUUCAACACAAUAUAAGGCGUAGUGGUGCAUCAAAAGCUUUGAUGAUAUAUGCAAAACCUUUGCACAGUAUAUCAUCACGACCUCAGCACAUAGCAGGCAUACUAUGCAAAUCACAUAAAGGAGAAGCAUCUUGUAGAGAGCUAACAAACAGCACACGGCUGUCCUAGAACAAUAAGUGAUGCCACGACCUCAGUAUUCUACACAGCUUCUCAGAGGUACACACGUUAAAUAAAGUAUGCAAGAUUGAGGCAUAUAAAGAGCCCGCAGUGUGUAGAGAACUCCAAAGAAGGCAUGUUAGCAAUACUAUGAGUAUGUCUAAGGCACAAAUUACAUUCUGAAGACGCAGGAAUUUGAAUAUCUCUAUGUUCCUUAUACCCCCAACCAAAAUCAGUUGCUACCAGUGAUAGACCAUUUAAACCAGUGGUUCUCAACCUUUUUGACUCCAAAGCCCCUCAUAGUCCACAAGAUCAUUUGAGGAGCCCAUGACUUUUCCAGUUGUCCAUUAUUUACUACUCACAAUUUCUACCUGAUAAAAUACUGUAUAUU